CCGGAAGUUGCUGUCGCUACCUUGACGCCGCCUGUUGCUUCGCUCAACGAGCAGCUCGUGCCUGGACGUUGGGGACAUGGACGGCCUGGAGGACGAAGUGUUCCCCCCCCUCCCUCCUCCUCACUCCCCAGGUGAGGGAGCACGGGGCUCCUUUGACAACGAGGACGAGGACGGCGGCGCCGACUCGUCCCAGCUGGCCGACGUCCCGGCUGCUAAAAGGAAAGGAGUGAAGAGGCCUCAACCCAAGCUGGACUCUCAGAGGCUGAUCUCAGAACGAGGACUUCCUGCUCUGCGAACCCUGUUUGACGACGUCAGCUUCAAAGGCAAAGGGCACGAGGCGGAGGACCUGCGGCUGCUGAUGCAGAAGAUGGAGAACUGGGCUCACAGGCUGUACCCAAAACUGCAGUUUGAAGAUUUCAUCGACAAAGUGGAGAAGCUCGGCCACAAGAAGGAGGUGCAGACGUGUCUCAAGAGGAUUCGAAUGGACAUGCCGCUGACACACGAAGACUUCAUCGGUGGUGAAGAAGAAGAAGAAGCUCCUGAUUCUCAUGUUCUCAGGGAUCUGGAUCCGUUCAGCAGCUCGAGCUUCAACGACCUGCCGGCUCUGGUCCACUCCACCCCGGCUGGCCCCUCCUCCACCCCGACUAGCCCCUCCUCCACCGCGGCUGGCCCCUCCUCCACCCCGGCUCCACCCUCCCUGACGGAGGACCAGCGUCAACGCAUGGAGCUGAACCGCCAGCGGGCCCUGGAGAGGAGGCUGACCCGCCAGCAGCAGACGGGCGCCUCCGAGUCCCAGACCGCUGACCCGUCCACGUCAGCUGAUCCUCCCUCAACAGCUGAUCCUCCCCCAACAGCUGAUCCUCCCCCAACAGCUGAUCCUCCCCCAACAGCUGAUCCUCCCUCAACAGCUGAUCCUCCCCCAACAGCUGAUCCUCCCUCAACAGCUGAUCCUCCCCCAACAGCUGAUCCUCCCUCAACAGCUGAUCCUCCCCCAACAGCUGAUCCUCCCUCAACAGCUGAUCCUCCCCCAACAGCUGAUCCUCCCCCAACAGCUGAUCCUCCCCCAACAGCUGAUCCUCCCACAGCUGAUGAACUCACCUGCGUCUCCCCUGCAAACAAUUCUAAAGGUUGUGAGGAGGAGGCGGCCAGCAGCAAACAACAACAAGAACCCGUCCAGCUUCAACACACCGACCCCUCCCUCCCCCCCGCUGAGUGAUGAAGAGGAGGGACCCGGAGGAGAGGAUGAAGAGCAGAAGAGUCGACGGACAGUUUCUUCUUUUUGACGAUGAAUCAAAACGUUGUUCAAAUCCAUAAUUCUGCUCCCGACUGAAACUGAUCCCACAUCAGCUUUAAAUGGAAUUCAUUGCUUAUAGAUUCUUUAACAUUUUAUUGUUCGUAUUCAGUUUAGAAUAAAUAAAUGUUUAUUUUCUUGUAAACAA